GCAUUACAACUAAAAGCACAACAAAACGCUCGCAAAUUUCCGUUUUGGCAAAUUGACGCUUCCCCUGUUGACCCCCUUUCCUGCACUCCGUAAACUCUUCCCCUACCAAACAAACGAACCACCUGCCAAAAUGGACCCAAGUGCACCCUCCGCAUCCGGUGGCGGCGGCGGAGGCCCUGCACCUUUCCUUCUAAAGACAUACGACAUGGUGGACGACUCAUCGACCGACGAUAUUGUGUCUUGGAGUUCCAACAAAAAGAGCUUUGUCGUUUGGAACCCUCCUGAGUUUGCCCGCCUUUUGCUUCCCACCUAUUUCAAGCACAACAACUUCUCCAGCUUCAUCAGGCAGCUUAAUACCUAUGGGUUCCGUAAGAUUGAUCCUGAAAGGUGGGAAUUUGCUAAUGAAGAUUUUGUGAAAGAUCAAAAGCAUCUUCUUAAGAAUAUCCACCGUAGAAAACCUAUUCACAGCCAUAGUCAUCCUCAGGGUUCUUUGAUAGAUCCGGAGAGAGCUGGAUUUGAAGAAGAAAUUGAAAAGCUUUCUCGUGAGAAAGCUGCACUAGAGGCUAAUGUUUUGAGGUUUAGACAAGAGCGAUCAGCUGCCAAGCAUCAGUUGGAAGAACUGGCACAGCGAGCUGAUCAAAUGGAGCGGAGGCAGGACACUUUGUUUAACUUCUUACAAAAGGCUGCUCAAGACCCUAUUUUUGUUGAACAUCUUGUUCGUAAGAUUGAAUCUAUGGAUGUCACAGCAUAUAACAAGAAAAGGCGACUGCCUCAAGUUGAUCAGAUCAAGCCAGUUGCGGAAAAUUGUCUUGUGGACAAUAACAGUAGUUCUAGAUCUGAGUUUGGAAAUAUUUUCCACCAAGAUUUCUCAAACAAGCUAAGACUAGAAUUAUCACCAGCUGUGUCAGAUAUCAACUUGGUUUCUCAUAGCACACAAAGUUCCAAUGAAGAUGGUGCAAGUCCGCAGAGAAGGAUAUCUGAAGGAGAACCAAAAGAUGCACAAACCAGACCUGAGGGCCUUUUAUUUACACCGGAAACAUUAGACCUUUCGGAUACAGGGACAUCUUUUACAUUCAAAAUGGAUUCAUCUUUCACUCAAAGAGUACCAAUGAAUGAAAGCCCACCAGUGCAUAGCUUGCAACAGAGAUUAAAUUCCAAUGAAGAACCCGAUAGUCAUAUUUCCUGUCAAUUAAAUCUAACUCUGGCAUCUUCUUCUUUGCAAGUUAAUAGAAGUCCUAGCUUAACUAGGAUGUCCCAACAAGGUCAGGAAACUGGAAAAGGCCCCGAGUCAAGGUCUAAUGCCAACACUAAAGACUCUGAUACUAGAGGUUUUGAGAACAACAGAAACAUGGCUGAUGAGGAAGCAGCAUUACCUUCACCAAUAGAAGCCCCUAAUAUACAUCAAGAGCCUGCAGCUCCUCCAGUUAGGGUAAAUGAUAUAUUCUGGGAACAGUUCCUCACCGAAAGACCUGGUUCGUCAGACAAUGAAGAGGCAAGUUCUAGUUACCGGGCAAACCCAUACGAAGAGCAAGAAGACAAACGGUCAGGCUAUGGACUACUGAGGAAUGCUAAGAACAUGGAGCAACUUAGUCUUUGAGCAACAAAGUUGGCAUAAAUCCAGUGAAUGGUCUAUAUGUAAAGUUCAUGCAGGGAAUCUUAUGCAUGACCUACACCUUUUGGGAAACUAGGACUCAUCAGAAACAUACGUUAGCAUAAUACAGCGGUAUUGUGAUUGGUAAAAUCAAAGACGCUUUUGAUAUCCGUUGGAUUUAGAGUGAAAAAAGGUCAACUGAGUUGGUCGAACAUUACUUCAUCUGCCAAGGUCUCCCAAACGAUUAUGGAUGAUAAGAAUGAAUAUACAUACCAAACGGUGGAUGGGGCUUACAAGUAAAUACCUAGAAUUGCAUCUUGUGAAAAGAAUGAUGUAACAGCUUAAGUGCACAAAUAUGCUUUUGAUCUUCUAUGGCAUUGGGAAAAUGCUCAAAUUAGGUAAAGAGUGCUGCUUCGGGCAAUAAGCACUAAAGGGAAAAUCUCAUUCCCUUUGAUUUUGAUCCUCUCAUGUCAGCAAUGCUAGGAAAUAAUUCUUAGUAUGACUGUGAAUGGUUUCUUCAAGAAGUGAAGGCCUUAUUGCCCAUCUAUAAAAGCAAAAGAUCUCAACUUAGUAAAACAUCAAAUCUGAGAUC